AGACCAGAACCUAAGGCUGAGCUUGGUCUGAAUGCUGCCAGCAGCAGGACAGGAAAUGAGUCUGAACCCGUGAGCAGCAGCAGCAGCUCUGCCUCAGUGUCGGAUCGGCUCGUUAAUAUUUAACCUCCUGCCGGCGCUCAGCCCCUCCCUCACAGCUUCUCUGGGUGACCUGGAAGUGGUAUUCUGGGAUGUUUGGGGGCGGUUACCAUGUAGACCUCUGUUGGGUGUAAUGGCGUCUGUGGGUCACAGGAGCAGAUCUGUGGAUGUCCAGGUGGCUCUGCAGAAGGCCAGGAGGAAGAUCUGCGAUCUGCAGCAGCAGCUGGAAGAAAAGAGUUUCGAGGAUCAAAAAGUCUCCAGUCCUUCACCAUGGACCUCCAAGAAGGAGCUCAGGGACUCCCUGGUGGACAUGUACAAAGAUUUUUUGGACUUGGAUGAGACUUCAAAGCAACUGAGAGUUAAUCCCAGAGUGAACGAGGAGCUGCAGCAGCGUCUUCCCUCACCUUCCAGGCAGCACCUUAGCAACACCCACAGAUCAGGAAGCAGCCUGAGCCUGGACCACACCUCACCUCAGGCCCUGUAUCCCAUCAGCAGUUCUCCAUCUCCUGUCUGGAGGACAGCCUCCCCUCAGUCCCCUUCCUCCACCAGGAGCUCGUUGGCUCUUCUAUCUUCAGGUUUUCCAGGAGGUUCCGGUGAGAUGGAAGCAGACGUGGUGCCGAGCAGCGAUCCUUCUCCUUGGGCAGAGAGCUCUGAGCCCUGCAUAGAAGCAGCAGCAACAUUCAGAGGUCCAGAUUUGCCUGCCAUGGGAAGAAACCUGCUCUCUGGUCACAGCAGCUCCCCUCAGAUUCCUGCAUCCAGCCCACAUCAGAGCCCAAACAUCUCACUCUUGCUGAAGGAACUGGACGCCCUGAGGGAACUCAACAGCACACUUCAAAAGCAGAUGGUAGAGAAGGAGAAGGAGCUGCUGAAGAGGGAGUUGGAUGAGGAGCUGAACGAGCAGCAUCGAGAAGCCAAACACUGGGAGAGACCAACAGCGGUGUUGGAGGAGUUGCUGGCAGCACAGAAGGACAGAGAUCAGUCUCUGAUGUCACGUCUACUGCUGGCCAAUGAGGAGAGAGACGAAGCUUUACUCCGGGCCCGCCAUCUGCAGCAGGCAGCUGAGUAUGUUCCUAGAAUUGACUCGGUGCUCUCUGUUUCUCAGGACAUUCAGGAUCUCCUGCGGCGCGUCUGUGAGGCUGACUCCGUCCAUGAAGUGCGUCAGUUCGGCUCGGCUUUAGUUCAACAUCUGCAGCUUGCUCAGCAAAGGAGAAAUGAUAUCACAGCCCAGGAGAUGACGGCUGUGAUGGAGGAGAGGGACAAAUCUGUUGACAAAUGCAAAUGGAUGAAAGAGGACCUGCUGCAGCAGAAGGACCAAUCAGUCAGCCAGGAGGAGCUGCUGAGGCUGCAGAAGGAGAGAGAUGAAGCUCUGGACCAACAACGUCAGCUUGAGGCCCAAAUCCAAGCAUUACUAGCUGAUCCCAGCUCUCAGGCCGGCUUCGCAUCCUCCCAGCAUUCCCUUCCAGCUGACGUCUCUGCAGAUCAGAAGGACUUGUCCUCUCAGGUCCAGACGCUGGUGGUCCAACUGCAGCAGCUGUCCAGAGAGAAGGAGAGCACGGCGGCAGAGCUUCAGCGCAGCCAGGAGGCUGAGCGGGAAGCUGAUGAGAGGGUUCGCAGGUUGGAGCGCCUGGUGGAAGUGCUGAGGAAGAAGGUUGGAGCAGGAAGUCUGCGCACCGUCAUCUGAUCCAUCUUUUUCAUUCAGAUCUGUGGAAAUGGACUGAUGGUUUCUAGAUCUUCCUCUUCGUUGUGAACCCUGCAGCAGCAGCUGCUGCAUCCAUCAUCCCGUCAACUUUUUUCUUUGGGAUGCGGAAGUAUUAGAUGGAAAGGAAAACUGAGCAUCUAUACAGGAAGUCCUUUCUGUCUUCCUCUGUGGAGAAAAUGCACCAACCGCCAUGGGGGGGGAGAAUCAGUUUGUAUUGCUAAAGCUGUUCUUAUUUCAUUUGAUUUAGUGCUUUAAAGUUUCUGAUUGUUCUGGUGCUUAUAAAUAAAAACGAUUGAAGGUU